GAACCGCGAUGGGUCUAGGUGACUACAGCCAAUGCAGACAGCGAAUGUCCCGGGGACUCCACGGGGUCUCUGGCAGGGCUGCGCUGUGGUUUCCAGCCUUUCAUUCCGUGCACCGCACGCCUUGUGGCACUUGGCACAUCGAGGCACAGGAGCAGGCCCGGGCGUCCGCUCCGGUACUGGAACACCUCCGGCGACAGGAGCGGACCCGGGUGCGCAUGGAGUGCGCGCUGGCCCGGCUGCGCGCGGAGCUGCUGGAAUUGCGUUUCCAGAACCAUCAGCUGGCCCGAACUUUACUGGAUUUAAACGUGAAGAUGCAGCAGCUGAAGAAGCAGCAGGACCUGGAGCGUGCCUCCAAAUCCCAGAGCCCAGAAGAUGACGCCAUGAACCCCGAGUGUGGAAAUGCAUAGUGGAUGGCCCACGCCCACAACUCCGAAGCAGUCCCGACCCUCACCAUAACAUAGGCAACUCUGCAACCAUUCUAGCAUUAACACUAGCGAUGCCGUGUGUGCAUUCUGAGGGACAUCCUGUCCAGCGAAAAUUUAGUUGUAAGGAGGAAGUGGGGAAAGAAAGAAUCUAAGAAAGGGGAGAGAGAUAUUUUUUUGAAGUAAAAAAAUAAAUCAUCCAUUGGUUUGACUGGUUAAUAUCUUAGUAGGAGAAAGGGAAGAAGGAGAGAAAUAGGAGGGAGAAGAAAAAAACCAAAGCAUUCCAGUCUGCCUUAUUGCCAGUUUACAGUGCUGCCCGUUGCCUUACCGCCUUUCUUUCUGUAGUUUUGUGUGGACUGGCAGAAUUUGUGCUUGUUUUUACUGUGUUGAAUUUUGCUCGACCUAGUAGUCAAUCCAGUACUCUUCUGACUCGGGAAACUGAGAAUUAUCAGUGCCUGGGUUCCAGCCAUGCCCUUGAUGUGGCCACUGUUAAGGGUGUCUCAACUUCUUGCUGCAUUUAGACAAGCACUCCAGGCCUUGCUGUCAUUGAAACACAAAGUGGGUAAUGAUUCUCCUAAAAUCUCUUGCCUCAGUUGGUUCAAGUGUGAGUUUCAUGAUGUAUACCCCUCAAUGCCUAACUAAUGUAGUUCUUUUGUUCAAGUAACUUAGGAAUUAAAAUUGUUCUUAUUGUUGAAUUAAAAGAUCUAUUGUACCCUAAAAGUGCUUUUUCAAUGCAAAAGUAAAAACAAUAAAAAAGUUGCAAACCUAA